AUGAGCGGCUCUAUGCUGAACAAUGGCAGCAUUAACCGCAAUAUUAAAAGCUUCUCUGAACUCAACUCAUUAUCAUCAGCAUCUACGACAACAACAACAACAAUAAAAGGAAUAUCCUUCGAGGCAGGACAACCAUCAGUGGCACAAUCAUUCAAAUUAUCAUCAGCUAGCUGUUACUGGAGUAAUGUGUCAACAACCCUACCGCCAACACCGUUAUCGACAUCAUCGUCAUCGCCAUCAGCAUCAGCAUCAGGAGAAACAAUAACAAUAGCCCGCAAUUGUUAUCCAGCUCCCAGCAACAUCACCUCCCCACCACCAACAACAACAACAAUAAUAACAACAACAUCACCGCCAUCAGCACAGCAGUCAUGCUGGAGUUGUUCCAAAACUGGAUAUGGAAAUGGUAUAGAAGGGCGCCAACGCCAACAACGCUUCAGGAGAAUGUCUUCAACAAUGCCCCCCUCCCCGUCGUCAUCAUCAUCUUCAGCAAUGUGGCUGUCAACGCGUUUUGACAAGUGGCAAAUUGUUGUCUUAUCAAUAAUUAUUUUAUUAUGUUGCACAAGUCACGUGUUGGCAAUACGAAAGGGUCGCCUGAUGACUCCAAGCACCUUUACCGCUCUGAGUGGAGAUUUACAUAUACAGAUACAAUUCUCACCAGAUGAAUUCGUGAAUAACACCUCGAAGGGAAAUCGGAAGUCCCAGCAGGAUGGAAUGGCGACAACAUCACGAACCACCACCACCACCUCCACGAACAAGGAGCCAUCUCCGCCUGAAGUGGAGAAUUUCAUAACCAAUACCCUGGUAAUUAGUAAAUAUAUUGAUGAGGAAGAUGAUGGCGAUGUGGCGGUCACGGAUGCCACAACGCCCACGGUGAGGACCUCAGCCACACCCACCAGCAAUGAUUCUUUGGUUUUGCACCGGAAACGCAAAGAAAUCGUACAAAAUAUACCCGUCUAUCCGGAUCCACGGCACAAUGUCACCCAGGUGGCCGUGCCCUGCCAGACCUUCAUGUGGGGUGGCCUCUAUGAAAUGCAGUUGGUAUCGAAUUUGAAAAUCACCAAUAAAUCACCCGGCAAUGCCAGUGGAGAAGACCCACCCACCAUAUCGCCAACAACCAUCACAACGACCCUAAUUCCCUCCACCGAUGAAAGGCUACGCCAAACCCUGGAUGUCCGAUGGCCAUCGGCCGAAAUGAUUGUCAGCCCAGUGCGUUUAACCACAUAUCCCGAGGGACCUGUCGAAGUCACUUUGCGCUUUCCCGAAGUCAACUGUGAUAGUGCAUGGAAACGUGAAGACCUGCCGGAAUUUUGGCUCGAACUCAUCUACUGUGGCAAGGAGCGUAACUGUUCCCAGCUAAUGCCGCAGAAUAUCAGCAAGUCAAGUAUUCUCUUUGCCGAACAGGUUCGAGGAUUCCCGAAACAGAAAUCCUUCAAACUCUCCUGUGACCUCUUUGGGCUGGCGGGGAACUAUGCCGUGCAGCUAAGGCCCAUGGUUCCAGCCCACCAUCUACCCAUUACCCGACGUUUUCUAUCCGUCGAUUGGAGUGAGAAAUAUGUUUUCAAUGUCUAUGCCAGGAGCAUAUUUCCCUGUGAUCCCCACACCGGAAUUGGGGUACUCUAUGAAUAUCCCAGCUGUAUUUUGGAGCAAGGAGAUCGGGUAAGGGUCUAUGCCAAGCUAAGGGCAGAUGUGGCAUCUCUAAAGCCACCCACCUCCCUUCACUACAUUGCCGAGCAGAGGGUGGUAAAAAAUCAAUACUCGUUGUAUUUCAACUGCGAGCUCUUCACGGAGAAAUAUGUGGAAUAUUGUUUUGUCUACGUCACGCAGGCCAUAUCGGGAGCCGUGGCGGAUGUGCGCAUGGACUGUGUGCCCACGCUGCCCGUGAAGGAAUCUGAUACCGGAGGCUGGGGACCAUGGAGCGAAUGGACGCCCUGCUCGACAAAUUGUCUGGGUGGCACCCGGAAUCGCUAUCGUUUUUGUGAUUCACCACCGCCGCGUUAUGGCGCGAAAUUUUGCGAGGGUCCUUCGGUCCAAACGGAGAAGUGUGGCCAAUCGAUUGCCGAUACCUGGGAUUGCAUUUACGAAACCAGUGGCACGUCUAACAAUAAAAAUCGUACCGAUGUUUCACAGGAAAUCGGACCCGGUUGCCGUUGUGGCUGUAUUGUCCAUCUGGGAGCCUCAAAGCCCAAACGCAUUAUUGCCGGGGCCACACAAAGCUGUCCAGGGCGAUCGUUUUGGUUGUUGCAGGUUGAUGGUGAAGAGACUAUUGCUCUGCAGUUGAGCUUUCUGCGUUUGCCGUGUGCCACACAAUACAUCAAAAUACGUGAUGGGCCAUCAUUAUCAUCCACAUUGUUGAUAGAGUUACAGGGUGGCAGUGGUGGAGGAGGAGCAGGCAUGGGAGGUGGCAAUGGAGUUGCUGGUGCGGUUAACUCGGCUGGAGCCACCACAUCCCAGGGCAAUGGCAAUUUACCUGUUUUUGUGGAAUCCAGUGGAGCUCAAUUAUUAUUGGAAUUCUUUGCCGGUGAGGAUGGCAGCGGUGGCAGCAUUGCUAACAACACUGAAAUCCAUACGGGCCAAAUAUGUACCGGUGGUUUUUUGGCUAAUGUGGAACAAAUUGGAAAAAAUGCCACAGCCUCAUUAAGGCCGGUAAUGGCAGCCACUGGACUGACAGUGAAAAGCAGAGCAUUUUUGCAAAAACCUAAAAUGAAGACGAAAUUUACUUUGGUCCAUCUGAGCGCCAUUGUUUUUGCCAGCAUUAUAAUACUGAUAAGCGCCUUGUUGGGAGCCCAAUAUGUGGUGCGAUAUCGCAAAUAUCACUUGGCCAUUGCCAAACGCCGCGAUGAAGGAUCCCGACUCCACACGCCAAGCGCCUCUAUGAAUUCCCUGGCAAGUCCACCCUCUAGAGCCAUAUCGACAACAACUCUUAUCUCGGAAGUUAUCUAUAUGGUUAAAAUGCGCCCGAAACAUCAGCUAAGACAUUCUAUUCUACGGGAGAGUGUCGAUGCUGAGAAUUUGGCAAGGGAAACGGAAAUGAAUGAAUCAAUCAUUAAGGAACCCACAAUUAAGAGCGUCGAUGAACUUGGCAGUACCGGAUCCAUAGUCACAUUGCGCAAUGAAAUCAUUUCGCCCACCACAGAAGAGGGUUUGGCUAAUCGCACGCCCAGCGAAUGCUCAAAUGGCGAUGAAGAAGAGCGAGAUGAAAAUGAUCCUCGAAAUGCCACCCUGAAACGUAAGGAUAGCGGUAAAGAUUCCGAAAGUAUUAUAUCUUCGGGAAUGUCUUCGAUAUGCAAUAGCCCACCAAUGAAUACGAAACGUAGCAGUAAAUAUUCAGAACGUUACGAUGCGGCCACCUUGAAAAUGACCAAUUCCUAUAUCGAAGAGAAAACCGAUUGUGAAUCGCUGAAAUCGAUUGUAAUGCAGCAGCAGAGGAGGAAUCCGCGUUGCAGUAGCGUUAAUUUGACAAAUGGUUGUUAUUCACCUGCCUCGAGCAUCAUUAGCUCGGCCACCAUACGCAGCACCAAUGCCAAGGAAAGUAAAGAGAAACAGAAUCGCAAAAAACUCUUGGCCAGGCCAGGUUCGGAAUUUUCGCUGGGGACCCAGGAGGAUUUUGAGUUGGAUUAUUAUGACUACAAUGUGACAAAUGCCGGUGCGGCACCGGGAUCAUAUUUGGGCAUGGAUCCAGCUUAUUUGAUAUGGAUACCCCCGUUCGAUGAUAUACCCGACUCACCGGAAAGGGAAGAUGACGACAAAACCCCCGAACCCAUACCGGAUGAAAAUCAACCCCUCUACGAGGAUAUCAAGAUGCCAAAAUUUGGCCACUACCUAAGUCCCCAUAGCAACACAAAUUCCAGUACCAAUACCACCACCAAUACCAGUCCCAUAUCAGAUGAAUUAUCACCGCUGAAUAGCAACUUCCAUUCCAAGGCGACAACACCCUCCGAAACGGAUUUGAAAAAUUGCCUAAUACGCAAGGCAAUUUCAACGAAUUCCCAAAACUCCGGCUCCACCUCCAAACAAUCGACACCAUAUCUUUCGCGCAAGAAGCGCAAGGCCCAAAGGCAGCAAUCCAAAUCCACCAUGUCUCUGGGCCAUAAUGACAAGGAUGAGGAGAGUAUACCCCUCAAGGAGUUAAAUGUUACCAAAUCGGCGAGAAAUCUACUGCUGAGACAAGAAAAUCAUCAGCAGCAACAUCAGCAACAGGUGGUGGAACCGGAAACCAUUUUGGAAACGGAUUCCAUGAAUGGUUCAUACAUUGAAAAGGAAACAUCUGUGGUUAAAUCACCAAGUGAUCUACAGAAUUAUUCUUCCUUAACGGCCGACAUACAAUUUGCCGAUGACAGUGAGGAAAGUGAUGAGGAGCUAACGUCCAUAGGACAAAAGGACCGGCAGCGUAAGUUGUCGGCCAAGGAGAUUUUGGCGGAGGAGUGUAAAAUUGUAAGGGACAUGAAAAAGGUUAGCGGAACGCUAAGGCAUCAGAGUCAAACGCGUACAAUGAAAAGGACACAGGUUUAGAGCGGGGAGAGGAGAUAGAUUUCCGAAAGGGGAAAAAAGAUUUUUUGAGUCGAAUGGUUACCCAUUCGGGAAAACUUGA